AAGGGAAGAUGGAAGAAGUGACCCCUAUUCGAUGCACGUGGCAGUAAAUAUAAAAUGGGAAAAGUUUUCUCGACAACCAAACAAAUAAUAUCCCACCACAGACACACAGCCCAAAAUAAAACUACAGCAAAUCCGACCAAUCAUUUUAGCUCCAAUUUCUACCGAAGACUGAACUUUCGUCCCUCCGCAAUCCCCCAGCUAUGGCGGACCGUGAUCUCUCCUCACCUCUUCUCUCUUCCCAGCCCUCCGAUUCCUCCCACCUAAUCCUCACCGUUCAAGACUCUGACUCUUGCAAUCAAUGUAGCAACAACAACAACAAUCGUAAUCAUCAAAACGGUCGAAGUUCUCACGACAACAGCAUAAACCCAUUUGAGUUUCUCGGGUCUAAGGGGCUGGACGUGCCCGGACCGGCCACGGUGGACCCAUUCCGCAACGGGUCUCCGAGGAUCGACGGGUUGUACGAGUGGGUGAAGAUAUUGGUUUGCUUGCCAAUUGCAGUGGCGAGGCUCGUGCUCUUCGGGGUGUGCUUAGUGGUGGGGUUUCUGGCGACGAAGGUGGCUCUACAGGGCUGGAAGGACAGGCAGAGCCCCAUGCCCAGGUGGAGGUCCAGGAUCAUGUGGGUAACCAGGAUUUGCGCCAGGCUUAUUCUCUUCUCUUUUGGCUAUCAUUGGAUAAGACGGAAAGGAAAACCUGCUCCGAGGGAGACUGCUCCAAUAGUUGUAUCUAAUCAUGUGUCAUACGUCGAACCCAUCUUCUAUUUCUAUGAGUUGUUCCCCACCAUCGUCGCAGCUGACUCCCAUGAUUCCAUACCUUUUGUUGGAACUAUUAUCAGAGCGAUGCAGGUGAUAUAUGUUAAUAGGUUCUCACCGUCAUCAAGGAAGAAUGCUGUCAAUGAGAUAAAGAGAAAGGCUUCUUCGGGUAGAUUUCCUCGAUUACUAUUAUUUCCUGAGGGAACCACAACUAAUGGAGGGGUCCUUAUUUCAUUCCAACUUGGCGCAUUCAUCCCUGGCUACCCAAUCCAACCUGUAAUUGUCCGGUAUCCUUACGUACACUUUGACCAAUCAUGGGGGAAUAUCUCUUUGGGAAAGCUCAUGUUUAGAAUGUUCACACAGUUUCACAAUUUUAUGGAGGUAGAAUACCUUCCUGUUGUUUCACCACUCAAUAAUCAAAAAGAAAGUGCUGUCCAUUUGGCUCAGAGGACAAGCCAUGCUAUUGCAACUGAGCUUAAUGUUAUACAAACCUCUCAUUCCUAUGGGGACUUGAUGCUUGUUAUGAAAGCAUCACAAUCAAGACAGGAGAAGCCCUCGAGUUACAUGGUUGAAAUGGCUAGGGUGGAAUCAUUAUUCCAUAUAAGCAGCUUGGAAGCUGUGGACUUCCUGGAUAAAUUUCUGUCAAUGGACCCAGACCCAAGUGGUCGUGUUAAAUUCUAUGACUUCUUGAGGGUUCUAAGACUCAAGGCUUGUUCUCUUUCUGAAGAGGUUAGUUAUCCAAAUAAUCUUUUUUCAUCCCUGUAACAUAGGAAUGUUUAGCUAUAGACUAAUGCCUUUUUGUGAUCAUUGGCACUUUCUUGCCAUGGGAACUUUGAAGUAAAAGAUGUUCAAAGCAGAAUUCUUCAUAUGAAUGUGAUUUUGAUAUAAUGGAUGAGCUGACCUCAUGAGGAUUGAUGCUUCCAGUUGUCACAUUGUACUACAAAAUCAUUUUCUUUAGAAUGAUUAUAUUACGUUUUAGUUUCUAAUACUGGUCAUUACUUCAGUAGGAGGUUGUCAAUGGAUUUGAUAACUGUUCUAUUGGUCAACACUUAGGGUUUCCUUACACCCUCCUUCUGUCUGGGCCAUUUCCCGUUGGAAUUACUUAGUAUAGCAUUAAGGAGUCUUUCUUUUUUAGGCAAGAAUAAGUGUUUACCUUGGGGAAAAAGAUGACAGUGGUUGGCGUAUAAAUUCAGUUUUAUUGCUUGUUUCAUAGUAAAUAGUAAAAACUUAACAAAGACCAUGUUGACCUUGCUGAACAGAAAUUCGUCUAUUUUUACAACACUGUUGUUUAAAUGUAUCCUUGUACAACUCCAUGCAGCACAAGCAUUAAUCACAACCGAUUAGGGUCAGCUAGAAGAACCCUUUUCC